AUGAUUGAAGCUGUCUAUAUCUCUGACUCUACUAACUCGUUGGUUUACGAGUACACAACGUCACUAUGUAUUCCAAAAUUUAAAUCAUUAGUUCCAAAGGUUACCUCAUUUAACGAUUCAACAACCAUCGAUAAUAAAAGCACAACCUCCAAUAAGAUUCCACUAAACUCAAAGUUGUACUUGUUUGUGCAUCAACAUCAGCAGUCUGCAUUACAGUUUUUUUUGUUAUGUAAAGAGAUUGACAAUGCAAACCCAUUGUUGCCUUCGAUUUUUAUCCGAAGAUUAAUUGAGGUUAUGGAAGAUUACUUUGGGGAUUUGAACAGUGUCAAAAUCGAAGCAAAUAAUGAAAUAUUAACAUUGUUAUUAUACCAAAUGUUAGACGAUGGUACUCCGUACAUCACAGAUUUUAAUAAGUUACGAGACUUGGUUAGUUACAAAUCCUUACUUUCCAAGCUUCUCAGCAGUGCUACGACUGUUGCCUCCAAGGCUACUGGAACGGCAGUAAGCAAUAAAGGUCCCUUAGAUUUGAAUAGAGCAAAUAACCAUCAAACAACCGACAUACCUUGGAGAAGAAACAAUGUGAAACACACAAACAAUGAGAUGUAUGUCGAUGUAAUCGAAACCGUCAAUGUCAUUAUAAAACCCACAACCAGUAAAACACAAAGACAUUUACAACUGGAAACGCAGAAUCAAGGGUUUGACUCUGCUUUUUACUCUUCAGCAUCCAAUAAGUCAUUCAGCGGCGGUAUUGAAAACCACUUGAUUAGUGGUUAUAUUGAUGGCGAAAUCAAUUUUUUGAGUCGAUUGACAGGGGUACCUGCAUUGCAGUUAUCUUUGAACUCCGUAGGGACAAGCAAAAUUCAGUUACCGAGCUUACACAGAUGUAUUGAUUUAGAUGUUUGGAACGAAAACAGAGGCAUAUUGUCAUUUAUUCCACCUGAUGGGAAAUCUACUCUCAUGAGGUAUCAAAUUGAUUUCAACAAAACCAACCAGAACAGAAUGUCAGACAAACGAUCAACGUUGAGUUUGCUAAAGUCUGCAAGUAUCGAGGCUGAAUUUAUUUGCCAUGAGAACACUCCUGAUUUUGAAAUUAGAUUAAACUUAUCCCAGUCUAUAUCUAAAAUAGAUUUCCUAAGUGUCGAAAUAGUAAGUGAACAUCCAGACGAUCAAAUCAAAAUGAACCGUGCUACCCAUGGAGACUUUUCAACAAAAGGAAAUGGAAAAGCAGAAUGGAUUUUACGACAAUUAAAGCCAAAUGUGUUUUCACCUGUGUUCUAUGGAUCGGUUAUAUCCAAUACAGAGAAUUCCAGUGAUGAAGAAGAGGAAGAAGGACCAAGAUACGAGGACAGCCAAGAACAGCACAAUAAAAGGAUGGCAAAAUCUAAACCAAGUUAUUUAAAAUUGAGUUAUAGCCACAAGGGACCAGUUCCCAGUGGAUUGAAAGUCGACAGUUUAAAGAUAAUUAGUGCAAAAGGGUUAGGAGAUACAGUCAAGCCUUACAAGGGUGUCAAAUAUAUGACCAAAUCUGGUAAUUAUAUAGUGAGAUCGUGA